AUGGCGGCUCACGCUCGACAAUUCAAUUGGUACAACUUCUGGAUCUGCUGGUUGGUCUCUCUUGGCCAGGUAGCCUUCGGCUACCCUGCCUCCAUCAUUAGCACCACCCUGGGCGAACCAAGCUUUUUGGUGUAUAUGAAACUGCUGAACCCCGUCACCGGACUGCCGGCUGGCGAUGCCGACUCGCUCGAGGGUGCCAUGUCUGGCGUUUUUCAGGCAGGAGCUUUCUUUGGCAUCAUGAUCGUGAGCUACAUCAUGGACAAAUGGGGUAGAAAGGCCGGCGUCAUUUUCUGCUCCUUCUGGUCCCUGCUGGGCGGCGCACUGAUCUGCGGCUCAAAGAGCUCUGCCAUGUUUAUUGCCGCGAGGUUCUUCGCCGGUAUGGGAAGCUGGGGUUAUCUCGCAGUCACACCUGCAUACAGUGCCGAGCUUGCUCCGCCCGCUCUACGCGGUUUCUUUGUCGGGCUCAACGGCGUCAACAUCGCUGUCGGCUACUCGCUGGCCGCCUAUACCGGCAUGGGCUUCUUCUACGUCAAAGAACCUCAAGCCCAGUGGCGCGGUCCUCUGGGUAUUGCACUCUUCUUCCCUCUUGUGAUGCUGGCAAUGCUCCCGUUCAUUCCAGAGAGUCCUAGAUAUCUGCUCAUGAAGGGUCGUGAAGCUGAAGCCGAGAAGAUUGUGCUGAGGCUUCACGCCAUCCCCGGCGACGAGGACCAAGAAUUCGCGCGUGGCGAGUUCUACCAAAUGCGCAAGCAGGCUGAGUUUGAUCGAACCCUGUCGGUCUCAUGGUGGGACAUGUUUUUCAAGAAAUCGUACCGAAAGCGAACCAUCCUGGCCAUGGGUUUCGCCUUUGUUGGCCAGUCCACAGGCGUGCUCGUCAUCAACAACUACGGCCCGACCCUGUACAAGAGUCUCGGCUACGGCACUGAGGAUCAACUCCGUCUCCAGUGCGGCUGGAUCACGACUGCAAUCAUCGGCAAUGCCAUUGGGGCCACAUUCAUGGACCGCGUCGGACGCAAGCCGCUUAUGCUGUUUGGCGUCGGUGGGUGCUGCUUCUGGCUCAUAAUCGAAGCAGCCAUAGUCGCCAACUUUGCCGGCACGGACAACACCUCGGGUCUGGCCAUGGGCGUUGCGGCCUUGUUCUUGUUUGAGGUCGUCUAUAGCUGCGGAGUCGAUGUCGCCGGCAUCGUCUUCUACAGCGAAUUGUUCCCAAACCACCUGAGAGCCAAAGGUGUUUGCCUUUCGAUGGCCGUUGUCGCACUCACCGACCUCGUCUAUCUGCAGGUCACAGCAACCGCGUUCGCCAAUAUUGGUUGGAAGUUCUAUCUGGUCUUUAUCAUCAUCUGCGGCCUAGGCACCAUCACCAUGUAUUUUCUCCUGCCGGAAACCAAGGGUGUCCCACUCGAGGAAGUCGCCAAGCUCUUUGGCGAUACCGAGACCAUCAUGGUCUACGCUGCAGACAUUCACAUGGACCAUAACACGCAUGAGCUUGUUGUUAGUGGCAGAGACGGGAUCACCCACCCCGCCACCGUGGUCGAGACUCCUAAAGGCGCCGCGGUCUCCGAGAAGAGUGACGAAGCGCGCCAUACCGAAGAAGUGUGA